AUGUUUACCCUCCGCACAGCCGUCUACAGUAAUGACCCGCCAUGGGAAAAUAUCGGCGCCGCAAUCUGGUCCACCAUCGAGCUCAACACUUCCAUCAUAUGCGCCUCUCUGCCGACCAUUCGACCCCUUCUCUCUAAGUGGCUUCCGGGUGCGGGGCUAUCGUCCGCCCACAACAAGACCAGUGCGUACAAUCGAUACGGCUCCUCCUCAGGGAUGGGACGCGGAACCUUCAAGGAGCUCAAGAGUGGACAACGAGAAGUCAGCACUGAAGAGCUUGUCCUCAACGAUAUGAACGCCAAUCAGUCAGGCAGCUUGCCUUCGGUCUACGCGCACGUCACAGCCGACCCAGAAAUGGGCCACAGGGAUCUAAGAAAUAAGGGAAGUCAUCAAAAUCAGAUCAUGGUGACCACCGAGACGAUGAUCAAGGAGGGUCGGCAACCUGGCAUUAGCAGAAAGGGCUAA